AUGGAGUUCCCUAAACCCCACAUCCACCAUCCCCAAGCCCCCCAUACCCACACGGUUAUCCUCCUACAUGGUCGUGGCAGCGAUGGCCCCGAGUUCGCCGAAGAACUUUUCUCAUCUUCAACCUCCAAAGGCAAAAACCUGCCCUCCUGUCUACCCUCCUACCGCUGGGUCUUUCCAACCUCACGCGACCGAUGGAGCACUACAUUCGAAGAGGAGAUGUGCGCCUGGUUUGACGCCUACUCCCUAGACAAUAUCCACGAACGACAGGAACUACAGAAAGACGGAAUAAGAGAGUCAGUCUUACACAUCCUCGAUAUUCUCGAGGGGGAAGCUCGACUUUUAGAUGGGCGAUUUUCCCACAUCUAUCUUGGAGGCAUGAGCCAGGGGAUGGCCACUGCCUUGUGGACAUUCUUGGCUGCAACCGCGACGGGCCGGAUCCAAGUCCCACUAGGUGGUCUACUAGGCUUUUGUGGUUGGUUGCCAUUCGCGCAGCAGCUAGAGCAGUUGCUAUCCGGUCCAUCCCUUAGUCCUGGCAGCGCUCAGGCACAGAGUCUAAUAUCCGGGUUCUACUUUGCUGAAAUUGCUGAGAUAUCGCACUCCGAUCAGUCUGUUCAUAAUUCUGUUUUAUCUACGCCUGUGUUUCUAAGUCAUGGAUCAGAUGAUCCAUGGGUAUCUGUGGAGUUGGGACGACAGGCAUGUCAAGUUUUGCAGAGGCUCAUGGUACGCGUCGACUGGCAGGAGUUCACUGGCGCAGAGGGUGACGGCCACUGGGUUAAGGAACCUGAGGGCUUUGACCAUAUUCUGAAGUUCCUUGAAGGUUGA